UGGCAGCGCUGCUGAGGAUGAAGACAGCCUUGGGAGUGACGCACACAGGGUGGGCGGCAAACACUGUCUGCACUCUGGCAGGGACAGCUGGCACUGUAACGAGUGGGAGCUUGACGGGUGUGGAGUGUGACUCAGCUAGAAAUCCCGUCAAGAUCACUCUCAACAACCAGCAGCUGUUCGGAGUGCUCCCUACUGACGUCACCAAACUCUCAGUGCUCACGUACCU